AUGUUUGUGCCAUUCACAAAUUUACCUCGUUCGGCUACUGUUCAGCCGACACCAUUCAAGGUUUCAAUUCCCCAAUCGAACCUCGAUGAGCUUAAGACUCUUAUCCAGCUGUCCAAAGUCGCUCCACUUACCUACGAGGGAUCUCAAGAGGAUCGAAAAUAUGGUGUAACAAACAAGUGGAUUCGUGAAACAAAGGAAAAAUGGGAAAAAGACUUUGACUGGCGCAAGCAUGAAGCGCACAUAAAUUCUUUUCCAAACUAUAUAGCACCCGUUGUUGACGACGAUAGCAAAGAGUACAAAAUUCAUUUUGUUGCUCUCUUUUCCGACAAAUCUGAUGCUGUGCCGUUAGUCUUGCUGCAUGGAUGGCCAGGUAGUUUCAUCGAGUUCUUGCCUAUGCUCACUCUUUUGAGUGAUGGUCACACACCGUCUACCUUACCAUAUCACCUCAUCGUGCCUUCACUUCCCGGCUAUGCAUUUUCAUCAAGUCCACCUCUCGACAAGGACUUUCGUAUUGAAGACAUUGCACGUAUCAUUAAUCGACUUGUCAUCGGCUUGGGCUUCGAGCAAGGUUACGUCGUUCAAGGCGGCGAUAUCGGCAGCAAGGUUGCUAGAGUCAUGGCUGCUGAACAUGCUAGUUGUAAAGCCAUUCAUAUCAACUUUUGUAUCAUGCCAGAACCAUCUGGCGUCGACAACACAACACUGAACGAACUUGACCGCGAAGGUCUUAUAAGAGCAGCCGAGUUUAUGAGCACUGGCAGUGCAUACGCUCUUGAGCACGCCACUCGAACAAGUACGAUUGGACAUGUGCUUGCUAGUAAUCCUAUUGCUUUGUUGGCUUGGAUUGGGGAGAAAUUCUUGGAAUGGACUGAUGAAAAGCCGCCGCUGGAUACGAUUCUUGAGUCAGUCACACUCUACUGGAUCACCGAGACAUUGCCUCGUGCGCUGUACCCUUAUCGCCAGCUCUUCACACCUGGCAAUAUUGGAGCACAUGAAAACCCAAAGUGGUACAUUAAGAAACCAUUCGGAUUCUCGUGGUUUCCUAAGGAGAUUGCGCCCAUUCCUCAGAGCUGGGCUGCGACCACAGGAAAUCUUGUAUUUUUCCGCCAGCAUACAAAGGGCGGCCAUUUUGCUGCGUUAGAACGACCUGAUGUACUUGCCAAAGAUAUCAAGGAUUUCAUUGAACAAGUUUGGUCACAGGCAAAAAAAGCAUAA